AUGUCUUUGACAUCGAUCCAAGCACUAUCCCUUGCUAUUCCAGCAGCUAUUUUUUGUGUCGUCAUCUACAGACUUUACUUCCAUCCGUUAGCCAAGGUUCCGGGCCCUAGGCUGGCAGCUAUUACCUGGCUGUAUCAGACCUACUACAGCUUCGUGGGCGGAAGUCGUUUCUACUUGCAGAUUGAGAAACUGCACGAGAUAUAUGGCCCUAUUGUCCGCAUUACGCCUGAUGAGGUGCAUCUGAGUGAUCUUGAGAACUACGAUAGAAUUUACUACGUAGGAAGUCGUUACAGCAAGGAUGCCAAUUUCUAUGGCGCCUUUGGCAACGAAAACUCUUCUUUCACAACGCCUUCCAAUGAAUUGCAUCGCCAGCGCCGAACUGGCCUCAAUUCCUUCUUCUCACGCAAGAUUGUGAUUGACCUUGAGGAUAUUGUCCAGGACAAGGCCCGGAAGGUAUGCAAAGCGAUUGACAACACAAUCGCAACUGGAAAGCCAAUGGAUCUGCAUCAUGCUUUGCGAGCCGUCUCUAUUGACGUGAUCACUGAAUAUGCCUUUGGCGAAAGCUACGGCCUGUUGGACACCCCGGACUUUGGGUACGAUUUCUUCAUGCUUGUCUUGCGCCUAGGGCCUGCCGCCUGGAUCUUUCGCCAGGCUCCAUGGCUCAAGACUGUCUUGAGGUCAAUCCCCGAGUCUCUUGUCCGUGUUGUCAGUGCGCCGAUGACCAAUGUUAUCGACAUGCAACGGCACUGCAACAGCAAGUUGAGAAACAUUGAGAAACAGCUUGAUGUAGGAUCUGUUGAACUCAAUGGCAGAGCGACCAUCUUCUCAGCUCUCAUGACUCCUGAUGACCGUCGAAAGCCAGCUGCUGUAGCCCAUCUUGAGGACGAAGCCUAUACCGUCCUCACUGCUGCGGCUGAUACAACUGGUAACGCUAUGACUACUAUUUGCCGUUACGUCUUUGCAGACUCAGAUGUCUAUGGCAAGCUUCACGCGGAACUGAAAGCUGCCUUCCCCGAUGAUCAUGAAAUCAUGAGAUUUCAGGUUCUGGAAAAGCUUCCAUAUCUGACUGGUGUGAUCAAUGAGGGCCUCAGGCUGUCAUUCGGCGUCGUUGGAAGACUUCCUCGAACCGUUCCUCACGGAGGGGCUAGUUUUCACGGCUAUAACCUCCCAGCCGGAUCCGUUGUUUCCAUGAGCUCCUGGUUGAUCCAUCGAAAUGAAGAAUAUUUCCCAGAGCCGGCCAAGUUCGAUCCAGACAGAUGGGUCAACGCAGCCGACCCACAGCGUCUUCACAAAGCCUUUGUGCCUUUUGGUAAAGGUAGCAGAGCAUGUGUUGGUAUGAAUCUUGCAUACGAUGAGAUUUAUGUCACAAUCGCCCAGAUAUUCCGUCAUUACCCUGACCUGAAAAGCAAUACCCAUGAGCUUACAGCUGAGGAUGUGGUUUUGGACGACUACUUCUCUUCAUACAACCCAGCGAACGCCAAGACGCUUGAAAUCUUGGGUUGA